CUCGGCUCGAAACUCCUGCGCUGUUGGGCAGCCAUCUUGGAUCUCGCUUUGAACGAGAGGCAACGGACGCGGCUGUUCGGGUGGAAUGGAACCGUCAACAAGCACGUCGUCCCCGCGGCUCCGACGCCUGUGAUCACCCGCUCUACCCCGCCGCUGCAGUUACCACUGAAUGUACCGGACAGUCCGUCUGAAGGAUCGUUCGAUGAGCAGAUUGUAUUUGGGGGAGAUCGCAGCGGAGGCCCCGUGAAGUGCAAUUUUCUUUAUUCUUACUUGAACCGGACAUCCGAAAUAUGAAGCAGACAGCGACGCCAGGGCUAAAAGUAUUAUGUUUUUAACAGCGCACAAGUUAGCCGGUCUCAUUCGCUAUUUUGGGAUCUGUUAGAUGGCUUGCGAUCGGUGAUUAAACGCAGUAACGUCAGCGAGCGUCCGGAAUAUUUCUCCCAAACUUUUAACAAGUUUGUUACCAGCUUUAGAAGCAAAUCAAUGCUAUUGACCAAGCGUGUAAUCUAUCAAAUAGAUAUUUCCCCCUUCGUUGCACCGCAGAACCUGCUGCUUAAAUCGUAAUUCCGGAAAAGCAGCUUUCCAUCAACACUAUGUCAACAACAAGAGCCCCCCUGCCCACCGUCAACGAGCGGAAGGCUGAAAAUCACACAACGAAUGGUCAUGGCCGAGGAGAGGUGACCUCUCGAUCUGUGAGGUCGAGUGGUCGAAACCGAAAUUCUGGCUCGGGAUUGGACGAUGUGCACCCUCUUAUUGGGAAUUACCGACUUCUAAAAACCAUUGGAAAGGGCAACUUCGCCAAGGUCAAACUGGCUCGCCAUAUCCUCACAGGAAGCGAGGUGGCAAUAAAAAUUAUUGAUAAAACCCAGUUAAAUCCAACAAGUCUUCAAAAGCUUUCCAGAGAAGUCACAAUCAUGAAGAAUUUAAACCACCCGAAUAUUGUCAAACUGUUUGAGGUGAUAGAGACAGAGAAGACACUGUUUCUUGUAAUGGAGUAUGCCAGUGGAGGUGAGGUGUUUGACUACCUAGUGGCUCAUGGAAGGAUGAAAGAGAAAGAGGCCAGAGCUAAAUUUAGACAGAUUGUGUCAGCUGUGCAGUAUUGUCACCAAAAACACAUAGUUCACCGAGACUUGAAGGCUGAAAACCUGCUGCUAGAUGCUGAUAUGAACAUUAAGAUAGCUGACUUUGGCUUCAGUAACGAGUUCAUGGUGGGAAAUAAGCUGGACACGUUUUGCGGCAGCCCCCCUUACGCUGCUCCCGAGCUCUUUCAGGGUAAGAAGUACGACGGGCCGGAGGUGGACGUGUGGAGUUUGGGUGUCAUACUCUAUACGCUGGUCAGCGGCUCCCUGCCCUUCGAUGGACAGAAUCUCAAGGAACUGCGUGAACGUGUGUUACGUGGUAAAUAUAGGAUCCCUUUUUACAUGUCAACUGAUUGUGAGAAUCUUCUCAAGAGAUUCCUGGUCCUGAACCCAGCCAAGAGAGGAACGUUAGAGCAAAUUAUGAAGGAACGCUGGAUCAAUGCUGGCUUUGAGGAUGAUGAACUCAAACCCUUCCAUGAGCCAGAGGCCGACAUCUCUGACCAGAAAAGAAUAGAUGUGAUAGUGGGAAUGGGCUUCUCCAGAGAGAAGAUCCACGAGUCUUUGUCCAAAAUGAAUUAUGACGAGGUCACAGCCAUAUACCUACUGCUGGGAAGGAAGACCAAUGAGGAGGUCAGUGAAUCCAGCUCUAAUAGUAAUCUUUCCGUGGCAAAGACCAGACCCACCAGUGAGAUGAACGGCCAGUCGCCAUCUCACCUGAAGGUCCAGAGAAGCGUCUCCUCCAGCGAAUCCAGAAAAUCCAGACGCCAUAGUGAACAAGUUGGUGUGGUCGCUAACUCAGCGUUGAGUAACUCCAAGAAGACGGUUCCUGUCACAGCCGACGGUGACGUCAAACAGGAAGGUGGUGUCACAGCACGUAAGCCGCCCUCUCACAGUCCCCCCAGCCCACUCCUGGGUAAUGCCAACAACCCUAACAAAACAGAAAUACCUGACCGGAAGAGAGGAAACUCCAUCACGCCUAAUAAUAAUUCUGGAUCAGGAGGCAUGUCAAGGAGAAACACGUACGUGUGCACUGAGAGAAACAACACAGACCGCCUUUCUGUCAUUCCUAAUGGGAAAGAGAACAGUGUGACGUUGUCUCCUGGCUCACGGGACCCGGGUGCUUCCACUCACAGCAUCAGCACUGCUGCCACUCCUGAUAAAACGCGUUUCCCACGAGGCUCCGCGAGCCGCAGCACCUUCCACGGACAGCUGAGAGAUCGUCGCACGGCCACCUACAACGGCCCGCCCGCCUCGCCUACGCAACCUCGCAGCCGCGGUAAUGCCAACAACCUGCUCACCAAGCUGACCUCCAAACUCACGCGCAGAAAUAUGUCAUUCAGGUUUUCCAAAAGAGUCUCAACCGAGUUUGAGAGAAGCGGGAGAUUUGAGGGCUCAAGUCGCCAUGUAUCUGGGGAUCAGCAGAAAGAUGAAGGGAAAGAUGGAAAAGACGGGAAACCCCGCUCUCUCCGUUUCACCUGGAGUAUGAACACCACCAGCACCAUGGAGCCAGCCGACAUCAUAAAUGAGAUCCGCAAAGUUCUGGACGCCAACAGCUGCACUUACCAGCAGCGCGAAUGCUUUCUGCUUCUCUGUGCCCACGGGGACAGCCGCACCGACAGCCUCGUCCAAUGGGAGAUGGAGGUGUGCAAACUGCCCCGGCUCUCACUUAAUGGUGUCCGUUUUAAGAGGAUAUCUGGCAACUCCAUCGCUUUUAAGAACAUUGCUUCCAAAGUUGCAGGCGAACUCAAGCUAUGAAUAUAUCUUUAAUCUAACCACAUAGAGGAAUUUAUGAAAUGGUUCAGUUCAGUAUAGACAAACAAAUUAAGCUGUACAAUCGUAAAGUAGCAGUUUCCGAAUGUUGUUUUUUUUUCUUUCCUUUUUUUUUUUUUUUUUUUUUUUU